CCGAGAACGGCUCAGUCUCGAUUGUCAGCUUGUCGUGAAUGGUUUUUUAGCACAAGAGUCGCGGAGUCCGAGUUGUGCCAACUGCCGUGCAAAGUUAUUAACACGAUACAGCACACGGCACUCUCAACUACAUACGACUAAAGGCAGCAACAACCACUGCCACAACAACAACAACAACAGCAGUGAAGAUAACUUUAUAAUAACAACAACAUUUGCACAUAUUUAUUGUAUACUACAUAACUCGCAAGAGACGUUCGAUUUGAUUUCGUGUCGUGUGUGUGUGUGUGCUAAAGUGUGUGUGCGAGUGCGAGUGUGUGCGAUUGAAAUUGUGCUAUUGUCGCCGUCGCCGUCGUCGUCGUCGUCGUUGCUACUAAUUUGCUUUUGCAUAAAUCAUUUUAAGCGCGCGCGCUCCACAAAACGCCUCAAAAUCACGUAAACUCAUCAGCUCAGACUCAGACUCCGGUUCUAGUUCUAAUACCAAUUCCAAUUCUAGUUCUAAUUCUGGUUCUAGUUCAAGUUCUUGUUCUAAUUUGUUGUCGAUUUAUGGCAGCUUCGAAAAAUUGCUGUUCGAUAUUGAUAUGCAGCAAGUUUGUUGCCUAAGUCUUUUGUAUCAUGCACUGACGAAAUACUUCAAUUAACUUUACGUAAUCAAACUCGACUCUGGUCUCACCUCGACUCAUCUCGUCACUUGACUCACAUUUCUGCUCACACAUUCGGGCAUGGCUUUGGCCAACUUCUCGCUUCCGUUUGGAGCCCUCGCCCAGCCAUGGGGCGCCACUCUGGCCCCGCUGCAUCCGAUCCAUCAGCUGGCCAGUAAUACGAAUAACUUGCUCUACUCACCCGCGGAUCAUCAGCAGCCGCAGUCGCCCGCUGAUGCGGCGCCCGACUACUACAAGAACAAUCCCUACGCUGCCCCAGCACUGCAUCAACAGCAACAGCAGCAGCAGCAACAGCAGCAGCAGGAACAACAGCAACAGUCACAGCAGGGUUAUCCUUAUGGCAGACGCAAGCAGAACAACGCUUACUUGCCACCAAGUGGCGCCACUCGCAACUCCGUGUAUCACAUUCAGCAGCAGCAGACACAGCAGAGCCAACAGCAGCACACACAACAGACGCAGGUGGAGACCAACGAGAAUACGGUUUCGUUUCACAGCUCCAGUGCCAGCAGCAGUUCUGGCCAGACUCAGAGCACGCUACAGCUGACACAAUCGGCUGGACGGGGUCCUGCCGAAGGCUCCUACACUCGCUAUCCUGGCCAGGCGCCAGCGCUUCCGGUAAAGCAACAGAAGCAAUACUACAAUGCCCACGGCACGGCGAGUGCCACAGCAACCACAACGUUCACCAAGAACAGCGGCAGCUUUAGUAUUACGGGCUAUGGCAGCAGACAGCAGCAGCCAUCGCAUUCACAACAGCAACCAGCACAGUUGCAGCCACCGCAUCAGCAACAGCAGCCGCCGCCUUUGCCACCUCAACGUGGCAGGCAAGCAGGCGGAGCUGGAGCUGGAGCAGGAAGUAAGACGGAGACGCCAGCCUCCACUUAUGGCGUUGCUCCGCCCGACAAUUAUCCAGAGCGUGCUCCUGGCUUCACCCGCGUUCAGGCGGGUCAAGGCUCCAGGACUCAAGUGCACGCCGUGCUCGACUACGAUGUGGAAGAGGGCGAAGAGGAGGACGAAGAGGAUGACGGCGAGUACUACGAUGCCGAGGGUCACAAUAAAGACAAGUCAAAGAGUCCGAUGCCCACUGUAACUCCAAUACAGGGUCCCAUCUAUCUGAAGAACGGCAGUGUGCCGGUGGUGCCUUUGUUUUCCUAUCCAAAAUCGAAUAAUGGCUCGUUCUUGCAGAUUCCGAUCUGGUGGACGGCGCUGUCGGUGGCUCUCGGCCUGGACGUGAGAGGCGAUGUGAUCAAGGGCGUGCCCUGCAUCAAGCGAUAUCAUCAGCUGUUUUGCCCCACGGCCGGCAAUAGUUAUCCCAUUGACAAGAUCGAAAGAUUCAUAGACGACAACAAAGCGCUGAUGCGACGCAUGUAUGGAGACUUUGAGAUGAACAUGGAAGGCGGCGGUGGCGGAGGAGGAGGAGGUGGCGGACAGGCGAAGGUGCGAAAGCGUCGCUUUAUUGACGAACCGGACAUCUUCAUACCACCCGGAGCGUAUGCAGCCACAGCGGGCGAAGCAGGGGACAGUUACUUCGGGGAGCUGCGAAAGAAGCGUCAAGCAGCCGCCGGUGGGGCAAGCAAUCGGAAUAGGGGCAGCGUCGGAGGUGGCGGCACAAGCAGAGCAAGCAAUAAUGCCCCGCCGGGUAAUGCGAAUGCCAAUUCUGGCACAGGACGACUCGAUGCUUGUGAGUCGAAAAUCGAAAUUGUAACUCCCUACUGGGCAUCGAAUUCAGCUGGCAAGAUCCGGGCGAUUGUCAACACGCAGCACUUUGAGCAGGCAAUUCAUCAGGAGGUUUGCAGCAAUACUCAAACUUCACGCUGCGAGGGCGAAUGUGGCUGCGAACAGAAGUAUAAAUGGCAUCGAUUGCUCGCCUAUGAUCCCGAUAACGAUUGCAAAGGCAUUUUCAUGGAUUGGUUCCUGUUUCCUUCGUGCUGUGUUUGUAGAUGUAAUCCCUAGGCAUUUGGCCAAUGAUUGACCCGAAUGCGAAUGCGAACAUAAGGGAGGAGAAAAAGAAUUCGAAUUAAACGAUAUUGAUAGCGAUAACGAUAACGAUUAAGAUUUCUAGCGAAAAGUACGUUGAAUGCCACUGAAUGUAUUUUAGUUGUUCUUAAGGUAGACAUAACCAUUAACAGUUACUCAUAGCUCGUAGCUCAGCUCUAGUUAAGCCCCAAAUUUAAGUUGUAACUUUUAUGCGAGCCAUAUCCCAUCUACCCACAUCGUAUGCUAUAUUUUCAACCUUCAUUUGUUGUUGUAUUGUAAUUGUAUUCGUAUUUGUAAUUUUAAUUGUAAUUGUAAAGCGAUUCAACUGAAUAAAGAUUAUAAUAAAAAUGUG